UCGACGGACACGAUAGGCGUUCGUUUAGUACAGUCUUUUCAAAAUCGAUUCCUGUUCGGCUAUCUACGGGAGCGACAGCGUUUUGUGGCUAGGAGCGCUCCGGUGAAUGUUCACAAUGUCUACCGCUCUUGAGAGUUAUAUCAACCGGACUGUAGCUAUCAUUACCUCAGAUGGGCGAAUGAUUGUGGGGACGCUGAAGGGCUUUGACCAGACAAUCAACCUUAUUCUAGACGAGAGCCACGAGCGCGUCUUCAGCUCCUCCCAGGGAGUGGAGCAGGUUGUUCUGGGGCUGUACAUCGUCAGAGGAGAUAAUGUAGCUGUAAUUGGGGAAAUCGAUGAAGAAACAGACUCCGCACUGGACCUCGGCAACAUAAGGGCAGAGCCACUUAACGCCGUGGUGCACUAACGUCCCCCUCAGAAAGGGGACAGGAGGUGCACAGCGUAAUAGACUGGUUCCUUGAGUUUAAGCAGGAAAUGUGUUAUCUGCGCUGUGCUCUCCUCCUGCCUGGGAAACGCUGUCCAAGGAUUACCUGCAGGGCUGGAGCAGAGCGCAUUCCAUUUUGCUUUUUUACAUCGGUAGAAAAUAGACGUCAUGCUUAACUUUUUUAUGUGUCUGGAAAUUGGAGAAAAUAAAAUGAAAACUUUUGGUGUAAA